ACGUCGCAGGCACAACGCACACGGGCGGAGUUCGAGCUAUUGAAUGUUUUUCUUAAAUAGGUCCUUAAGGUUUUUUCACUGAGGUUGAAACGUCCUAUAAAUCCAUGGACCCGGGGUUUUUCAGUGACGGUAAAAACUCCCGUGUUGUUGACGGUUUGAGAGCCAGCCGGGUUCAAAUGUCCCGGUGCUCCCUCACCUCCGCUCCCUCACGGUGAAAGAUCUUGAGCGCCGCCCGAGUUGCGCCAUUUUGAAAGUGUAAACGCAGGGAGAGGCAGACGCGAGGGAAUCUCAAAGUAGAGAGCAAAGUCUGAAAGCCACUGCUCGGGUUCGUACUUUGGUUUCCUCGGUUGGAAACUGUUUCGGGACAUCUGUGUCGACCGGGCCGAGGACUUGUGCGGUGAGCGGAGUUCCGAGCAGCACUUCCCCGCUUCAUUCGUCCGCUGCUCCUCGGUCAGAACCGCCCAACCGACCCGGGUCAGCGGCACUGCUCUGCUCCAAGUCCAGGGCCCGAGCCCGCUACGGAGACCCCCUCUGUCCGAGCCAUGGCAGGGGCCGGUGGUGGGAACAGUGAUGUGCAGUGGUGCUUCUCUCAAGUCAAAGGAGCGAUAGAUGAUGAUGUCGCAGAAGCUGACAUAAUUUCUACGGUUGAAUUCAACCACUCUGGGGAGCUGCUAGCCACUGGGGACAAGGGGGGUCGUGUUGUCAUCUUUCAGCAGGAGCCAGAGAGUAAGAAUCAGCCACAUUGCCGAGGAGAGUACAAUGUUUACAGCACCUUCCAGAGCCAUGAGCCUGAGUUUGACUACCUGAAAAGCCUUGAGAUUGAGGAGAAGAUCAACAAGAUUCGAUGGCUGCCUCAGAAAAACGCUGCACAGUUCCUUUUGUCUACAAAUGACAAAACCAUAAAGCUGUGGAAAAUUAGUGAGCGUGACAAGAGACCAGAGGGCUACAAUCUGAAGGAAGAAGAUGGCCGAUACAGAGAUCCCAACACUGUCACAACACUACGGGUACCAGUGUUCAGGCCCAUGGACUUGAUGGUGGAAGCCAGCCCUAGAAGAGUGUUUGCGAAUGCUCACACUUACCAUAUCAACUCAAUCUCAGUCAACAGUGAUUGUGAGACCUACCUGUCUGCCGAUGACCUGCGCGUUAACCUCUGGCAUCUGGAGAUCACAGAUCGCAGCUUUAAUAUUGUUGACAUUAAACCAGCCAAUAUGGAGGAGUUAACAGAGGUGAUCACAGCUGCAGAGUUUCACCCCAACCAAUGCAACACUUUUGUCUACAGCAGCAGCAAAGGCACCAUUCGCAUGUGCGACAUGAGGGCAUCAGCCCUGUGUGACAACCACGCCAAAAUAUUUGAAGAGCCAGAGGAUCCAAACAAUCGCUCCUUCUUUUCUGAAAUCAUCUCAUCCAUCUCUGAUGUAAAGUUCAGCCACAGUGGACGCUAUAUGAUGACCCGAGACUACCUAUCUGUCAAAAUCUGGGAUCUCAACAUGGAGACCCGACCAGUAGAGACAUAUCAGGUGCAUGAAUAUCUCAGGAGUAAGUUGUGUUCACUCUAUGAGAACGACUGCAUCUUCGACAAGUUUGAGUGCUGCUGGAACGGGAACGACAGCGUUGUGAUGACGGGUUCCUACAACAACUUCUUCAGGAUGUUUGACAGAGGCUACCGUCAGGACGUAACCUUAGAGGCGUCACGGGAGAACAGCAAGCUGCGAUCGGUCCUGAAACCCCGCAAAGUAAGCACAGGUGGGAAGCGCAAAAAGGAUGAGAUCAGUGUAGACAGUCUUGACUUUAACAAGAAGAUCCUCCACACUGCCUGGCAUCCUUUGGACAACAUCAUUGCUGUAGCCACCACCAACAAUCUGUAUAUAUUCCAGGAAUAACUCGACUAGCAUCUGUUGAACCGCUCAGAUCCCAGUUUCUGCUUGAGCCCCACUGCUCUGAUACACAGGCAAAACAAACAUCAGUCUGUCCUUGACUAAAUCCCCAAGUCUUGCUAUGAUCUGGCCCAAGUUAUUUAAGUUUUGAACUAUGUCAACAACAAACAGUGGCAUUAACAGUACAUCCCAGCUGACCACCAUGUGUAUUACAUUAACGUAACAUAAACAUGCAGAUCUGAGGCCAGACUUUGGGACUUGGUGUCAAGGGUUCCUCGACUAGAAUCACUCCAUUCACCAAGUUUCUGUUUGCAACUCCACUACAUCCCAAACCAAAGGGAAAACGUGUCCCACUCACACAUUUUUGGUUAGUUUGUUCCCUUAUUCUUCUGUGCCAUUGUGACAUGAGUCAUUUGUAUGUCAUAGCUACCAAUUGUCGAUUCGUUUUUGAAGCUGUCAUGUUUUAUUAUUUUCAAUAGGAAAUUCUUCUGUUUAUCUGUCACCAUGCUCCUUUUCACACAGACCUGAAACACUGCUAAUACAAGCUGUCAACACUCCAUAUCUGCCCCAAGUAUUUGUCUUUUUGCCAAGUUCCUUCACCAUUUCUUUCCUACUAUUCAGUGUGGUUAUGCUGUUAAAGGACUAUUCAAGUUUUGAUCAUGUUUUAGCUCAUUCUCUAUAAAUAAUAUACAACUUUGAUACCUGCUAACCUCCAUCUGCAAUUACCAAAUAUUCAAUACAUCCAAUUUUUAACUUCAGCCACAGGUUAAUAUUAAUUUCUCUACAGUUAAAAAGACAAUAUACUUGAACCUCACUUACAUAAACAUUCCAUCUCAGUGAGCUUCUUGUUCUGUCUGACCCUGUUCAGACCUGGUACUGACCUCUGGAGUGAUCCGUUUGCGAGCAAGGAAACUCAGUGUGUGUUCAGACAUACCAUAACAUCUGAUAAUGAAAGACAAGAAUCUCCCUUUUUAAUGCAGCAAACAAUGAACUUCAUUUAAUCCCUUUAAUGACACAUAUGUUUCUUAAAAUGUGUCUCUUGGAUGAGAGUUUCUGACACAACUGAGAUGCUGGAGUGAAUGUCCUGAACAGAAUCAGGUUUUCAGAACAUUCCCUGGUCUAAGUUGCAUUAACAACAUCUGACUGAACGCUCACUGAGAGGGAUGGUCUAUUCAAAAUUGUUGACAGGAAUGCAUAAGUAAUUUCAUGAGCUGAAACAUUUAAAGAGAAGUCUUAUGUAGUCCUUUGAUCAUAGACACAAGAUUGGUGUAUGCUUGUCUGGAAUUGUGUUUUUGGAAGUUGAACAGGGGCUGAGCAUGCCAAAGUAACUAGUCCUUAACACUCUACAGUUAGAAUCAUAUAAAACCCUCUUUUAGAAAAGGUGCCGCUUGUCAGACCGCACAACCCUCGCACACCUUCGCACAUGUGUGGACCACCAUUUAAGCUCAGGACAAAAGCUUAUAAACGUGGCGUGCUGUGGCCUGAUCUUCUUGUGGUUAGUGGCAACAUCAUUGAGCGCCGCAUCAGCUUCCCCACAAAGAGCAUGUGGACUGAUCGCUUUACCCUCUGGAUCUUGUUUCUGUUUGUAGAGUUGUUUUUUUUAUGAUGUUUUGUACCAUACCUGAUAAAAGAAGAAUAACCACUAUAGCUGAUUUAUUUUUGUAUAAAUGAAAGCAAUAGGAUUACAGUCUGAUCACUGUAGUUUCUUUAGCUGUCUAUCUCAGACUGAUUGUAGAUGGAAGGUCACUUGACAGUCAGGUGACCUUUUCGUAUUGACUGUACGACUUUGGGAAGUUUUGUUCAUUCUGGCAGGUAUUUGUUUUGAAAGCGAGAGACUUUUUGUGACAUGGGAUGUCCAAAGAAAAGUAUUUUCAGAUGUCAGUAUCUCUGUAGUCUCAAGCACAAUAACAGUUUAUUUUUUUAAUUUGGUUGACUGUAACUGAUGUUUGUGUAGAACCUAUUUGGACUCUUCAGAUUUAAA